CUUUUUUGGAGUUUCAAUCGGCUGAAAAUCUUCGAUGAAAAUCAUGAGAAACAUGUGCUUACGUCAAUCCUUCACGUUGGUCGUGGUUUUUUUCGCUGUAAAUUUGUUCUCGACGAGCUGGCAGCCAGUCGAGGCUGACGAGGUUCCAGCAUUUUUUCUCAAAAUAGCCAAAAACAUACCGAGAGUUGGACGCAGCGACAGAUUCGAGGAUUAUUUUCUAAAAGCUGCGAAAAAUAUUCCGAGGAUCGGAAGACGAGCCGAGUUCCAAGAGCCGAGUCAAGACCUUCCGACUUAUGGGUCCGACGGUUAUGGCGAAAUAUCGAAAAGGAUGAUUCAGGCGCCUCCAAACACACCCACGAAUAAUCCUCUCAAACCGAACAACGUUCCAAGGAUUGGCAGACGCGAUACCUAUCGAGCGCAGAGUCAAAGGAUGCUAUUGGACAAUGAAAAUCAGGCUCGUAACGAAGCGACGAAAAGGAUGCUGAGCAUUCCGAGUAUCGGGCAGGACGAUCCGAGCUGGUCGCAUUUCCCUCUAGCCAUCGAAGGGCCACCGGAGCUUUGGCGAACUUUGGCUGCUUACACGAACGAGAGAAUGGGUUUUGGAUCGGACGAUAUCGACAACGAGAUUUGGCAGCGAGACAAACGUACCGAAAACGGCGUAGAAUCCGAACCGUGAAUAAGGAAAAUAGAAAACGAAAAUUGAAAUCCUGAAAAAAAAGUGAAUUAUUUAAUUUAAAUUUUGUGUAAUUUCAUGACUAAUUUCAACGGUUUAAGGGCUGUGGGAUAAAGAAUAAAAAAAGAAAAUUUAUUCAUGGACGAAUCAACGAAAAAUUGAUUUUAAAAAACUAAUAAAAAUUCAUUGUAAAUUACGAUCGAUGUAAAAAUUGAGUUCUCACCAAAUAAAUGCAUUGUGAUUGU